AUGGAGAUCCCCCACAAAGCUACUGUUUUAGUGAUCGGCGGCGGCCCUGGUGGUUCCUACACGGCUUCAGCCCUGGCCCGAGAAGGCAUUGACAUUGUUUUGCUGGAGGCAGAUGUAUUCCCUCGGUUCAUUGACCUUGACGAGACGUUCGUGAACUAUGGCUUCGUCCGCAAAAAUGCGUCUCACGGAUCACUCGCAGACACCGAUUUCAUCCUACAACCUGGGGCGGAUACCUUCGCCUGGAACGUUGUGCGCUCCGAAUGUGACGACCUCAUGUUCAAGCAUGCAUCUAAUUCCGGAGCCAGGGCUUUCGACGGUGUCAAGGUGACGGCCAUUGAGUUUGAUCCACUCGAUGAGUCCGCGAUCGACGACCACCCCGGGAGACCGGUAUCUGCCAGCUGGAAGGCUAAAGAUGGCCGCACGGGGUCCAUCAGCUUUGAUUAUUUGGUCGAUGCGAGCGGACGAGCCGGCAUCGCCAGCACCAAGUACUUGAAAUCUCGGACCUACAACAGCUACUUGAAGAAUGUCGCCAGCUGGGGUUACUGGCGCGGAGCAACACCAUACGGUGUCGGCACCUCGGUAGAAGGCCAGCCAUAUUUUGAAGCCCUCCAAGACGGCAGCGGCUGGGUCUGGUUCAUUCCGCUCCACAACGGGACCACAUCCGUCGGCGUCGUCAUGAACCAAGAACUCGCCACGCAGAAAAAGAAGUCAUCAACCGUGACAUCCAGCCGGGCUUUCUACCUUGAGUCUGUGGAGGGUGCACGCGUAAUCUCGCAAUUGCUGCAGCCCGCAAACCUCGACGGGGAAAUCAAACAGGCGUCCGACUGGUCCUACAAUGCGUCAUCGUACGGCAGCCCGUACCUCCGCAUUGUCGGUGACGCCGGAGCCUUUAUCGACCCGUACUUUUCAUCUGGCGUGCAUUUGGCAGUCUCGGGAGGGUUGUCUGCGGCGGUAUCCAUUGCCGCCUCUAUCCGGGGUGACUGUCCCGAACACACGGCCUGGCAGUGGCAUUCCCAAGGCGUUGCGAACAGAUACGGACGUUUCCUUCUCGUGGUGCUCGGAGCGACCAAGCAGAUACGCGCACGAGACAGUCCCGUCUUAAACAGCGAAGGGCAAGAUGGGUUUGAUGAUGCCUUUGCGGUGAUCAGGCCAGUCAUCCAAGGCACUGCCGAUGUUCAAGGCAAGGUGUCUGCCCGCGAGGUACUCGAUGCGGUAACCUUCAGUACAAAUGCCGUGCGGCCCUCUGCAGGUGGCCAAAAUGUCGUUUUGGAGGAGAGUUCUAGAUCUUUGCGAUCGCAAGUUGAGCAGGAGAUGGGUGAUGUCGCCAACAGCCUGGCUAAAGCUUACAAAGACACGGACGUGUAUGAGGGACUGAUGGCACGACUGGAACGCGGCAGUUUGGGUCUGAAGGCUGUCGGUGUGAUGGGAUGA